GCCCAGAGAAAAGUGGCCAGCCCGUUAAGCGUUGCCUUCCCUAUUUCACCCCGCUCGCGGCGCCGCCCCUCACGAACCUAACUUUUCUAAACCCUACUCCAUCCUCUUUGCGACCCUCUACUGGUCUCCCCGAUGGAUCCACAGCAGCCGGAACCCGUCAGCUAUCUGUGCGGAGAUUGCGGAGCUGAGAACACGCUGAAGACAGGGGAUGUGAUCCAGUGCCGUGAGUGUGGCUACCGCAUCCUCUACAAGAAGCGCACCCGCAGGAUUGUUCAAUACGAAGCUCGCUGAAGACAGAAGAAAAAACAUCAUUCACUGUUGGUUCGUGCCUCGAUUGAUGUGGAGUGUGCCCUGAGACAAAGCUACAAUGGAGAAAUGUAUUAUAUACAGUACUUUUAGGUCUUAUUUGUCCGUUGGACUUUGGCUUGAAGUGGUAAAACUUGUUGUAACCGUAUUGAGAUUUUAGACGUUUGAGAAUCCAGAUUAUGCGUCCUGAAAGCUGGAUAUCGAAAAAUGGUUAUUAUUGCUAUUGCCAGCAAUAAAAUGCUCUGUUGGUUGGUUGCAGCCUCUUGCUCU